AUGUUUUGUCAAUUUCAAAUACUUUUAUUAACAAUUAUUAUUACUUCUUCUAAACAAUAUUUUGAUAAAUUUUUUAUAAUUCAAAAUGGUAAUUUAGUUAAAGGAGAAAUUUUAGAAUAUUUUUUUACUAAUAACCUUAAUGAAUGCCUGAAAAAAUGUAAAAAUGAUGAAAAUUGUUAUGGAAUAAACUUUGUUCAUGGUUUUAAAGAAGAUAUUAUAUGUUUAUUAAUGGCAAAAGAAGGUUCUACAAAUGGAAAUAAUGAUUAUUUACCAGUUGAAAGUAGUGUUAUUUACUCUGGAGAAGCAAUAUUUUUAAAACAAAAAGAUACAUCUUUUGAUCAAAAUAUAUCUUGGAUAUAUGAAAAGAUAUCAAAUUUAGAUAUUUCCCAUCAAUCACAUAUCAUUCAAAUUGAAUCAACAUAUUCAUUAGAAGGUUGUUUAUCAUUAUGCCACAAAAAUCCCACAUGUUUAUCAGUUAUUUUUAAUAAAAAUUCAUUUUUAUGUAAACUUAGUAAAACGAAUUUACAAACAUUAGGAAAAAAUACUGAUAUCUUUUAUAAAAACAUAAAUUGGAAUGUAUAUCAAAAAAAUUGUCCUAAAAAAAUAUUUUAUAAAAAUUCAUGUACCUUUCAACAGAUUCAUAAUAUAUCGAUAGAAAAUAAUUUUAUCGAAAAAUUAAUAAAUAUCUCAAAUAUUAUAUCAUGUGAAAAUUUAUGUUUACAAAGAAAAGAAUAUACUUGUCAAUCAUAUACUUAUGAAAAAACAUCAAAAAAUUGUUAUUUAUCACAAAAUUUAAUUCGAACAAUAAAUGAAAAAAAAAUUAAUAAUAAUUUAAUUGAUUUUAUCAGUGGAGAAAUAAUAAAUUGUAUGAAUUUUGAUAUUAAAUGUUCAAGUAAUGGAAUGAUGUUAAAUAUUUUAUCAUCACAUAUAUUUACAGGAAAUAUUACAAUUGAAAAUAAUGAAUUAAUUGAAAAUAAUUUAUGUAAAAAAAUUAUUAUAGAAAAGUAUAAAUUUUCAAUUUUUUAUCAAUUUGAUAAUUGUAAUUUUAUAAAAAGAAAAAAUAAUUAUGGUUAUGAAUAUAUAAAUACAUUUUUUAUUAAAGAGGAUUCAACAAAAUUUAUAACAAUUAGGGAUAAAAUAAUAUCUGUAAAAUGUACUUUUAAAAAUAUGGUCUUUGAAUAUAUAAAUAAUGAACUAAAUAUGAAUGAUAAUAUAUUUAAUGAUAAAAACAAUGUUACUGGAAUAAAAACAUUAUCAUUACAACAACCUGUAAAUCAAAUGUUUAUUCUAACUGUUUAUCAUAAUAAUGGUAGUAUUGCUGAUAAUAUUAAAAGUCAUGAUAAUAUUUAUAUUACUAUUAAUGGUUAUGAAAACUUUGAGGUAAGAAAUUUAAAAAUUAUUGAAAUAGAAAGUGGUAGAAAUAUACAAAUUAUUAAUGAAUUUGGUGAUAUAUCUUCUGAUAUAAAAAAUAAUGCUAUAUUUUUAUAUAAUAAAAAUAAUAAUAAGUUUAUACUUAAUAUAUCAAAUAUCUUAAUUUCAAAAAUAUCUCAAACACAACAAAUUGUAAUUGAAACAUUAAUAUACAAAUGUAAAUAUAAUAUGUGUAAAAAUGUACCAUAUAAUAGAAAAAAUUUUCAUAAAAAUGUUUAUAUAUCAUCAUCAGGUAGAAAUGUUAGCAUAGAAGAAGAGUUAUAUUAUUUACGAAAUAAUGGAAGAUUAUUCUUUAUAAAAGAAAUAAAUUAUCCAAUAAAAAAAGAAUCAUCUAUUAUAUCAGCUGUUUUAUGGAAUGAUAUCAUUGCGAAACUAUUACAAUAUUUUGUUGGGUUUCUUUUCAUCCUAUCAAUAGUCUAUUCUAUGUAUUACAUCAUCGUUAAAGUACUAAAAUAUAAAGAAAUUUUUUUUAUUAUUUACCAACGGCAAGUUGAUGAAAAAGACAAGGAGAUAGAGAGAGAAAAUGUUAAUGAAUAA